GAUGUCCUUACCGACUUGCCAAAAGUAUAGUUUGUUAACAAGACAUUUGUGGAGUGGUUGAAAAACGAUAUUUAAUGACUCCAACCUAAGUGUAUGUAAACUUCCGACUUCAACUGUACGUUCUCCAGAGAUCCUGGUUGGAUGAUUUCCGGAACUUUGGGAACGUUUCUCAAAUUUUGCCUAAUCACUGCUAAGGAAUGGAGGAAGAAAUAGGCUAAUUCACUACUGUACGUGGUGACAAGCUUAUUAAAACAUGUUGAAAUGCAAGCCUAAAUGACCAUGAAACCACUCAUUUACACUGACUCAAUCUUUUCCCGUGGAAAUAAUGUGGCCAGAAGUAAGUAUAAUCAUGAACAUUGAGGACUUGCAUUUUGCCGUAAAAAGACAUGACAUUCGCAUGUUACCUACCGUAUGUAGUGUUUACUAGGCUAUUGGCUUGCCAUUAUUUCAGGCUCUCGUUGCACUUGCAUUUCAUUCAAGUGUCUUUCAAACAUUUUAAUUUCCAUGUCCCUUCUCGCACAUUUAUUUGGUUUGUCUUUUGUCCUACUAUAUUUAAAUUAUUACUUUUUCCAGCCUGCUUAAAUUUAAAUGAAUAUUGCCCCAAAAAGAUAGCAUACUAGUGCAAUCCCAAAUAUACAUCUAUAAAUAUAGCACAUAAAUAAAUAAAAAAUGUAAUUGUUGCAUAGUUUCCCUUAUUGGAUUUGUCUACUUUAGCCUAAAUCAUUUUUAUCAGCAUUGUUUCUGCUUGUUGAUAUGCCUAAUUGACACUAGGCACAAACGUCAGUUCGUCUAGUUUUGAUUUACAUUUGGUUUAUUAGUCUAAAUGUGAAUGCAACUUUAAAUCAAAUGUUACCAUGCCAUUGGAUUUAGGUUAAAGGUUGGGUGGGGAAAAAAUGCCCUUACGUUGACUUUUUGCAAAUCCAAUCAGUUUCACAUUGAUUCAUCAUGGCAUAGAUUUAUAUUGGUUUAAAUUAUGUGGAAACAACGUUGAUUCAACCAGUUUUGCCAAUGAGUCGAUUUCGCCAUGCAUGUAAAAACAUCCGCUGUGCUUCUUGGGGGUCUUGACUUAUUAGGCCUAGGGUCUACAUGAUCCAAUUAUAGAUUUGUUGUAUUAAAAAGCAUUAUCAAUGUGCUCAAUAUCUAAAUGUAUGCAUGUUAUUUUCGACCACAUCACAUUGCCAUAUGCUAAAACCUUUAAUAUAGCAGUAUUAUAAACACCACUCUGACGUUUGGGUUUGAUUGAACUACUAGCUCCGUGAAUUGUAGCCUAUAGUUAAGUCAAAUACAUUGUGAUAAUUUAAGAAACUUCUCAAAUUGUUUUCUCUCAAUUUUCAGCAAAUACCAUUUUAAAUCUAUGGAUGCAUAAAAAGGGGACAAUUUAUUCAGCAUCCUGUCCUCGAAACGCUUCAGGGAGGCUAUGCAUGGUGCAAACCAUACAUUUUAUUUUACCGCGUUUUAGGAUACGAUCAUUUUUCAAGGGUGUGAACUGUGAACACAACAUUAGUGCCAUUACAUUCACUUCCUGACUCAUUUUCCGCUCAUAUAAAAUUGGCGGCACGCCGAGUUGUGACGUAUAGCCUGGGCUACAUGCUCCGUACAGUGCAGAAGAUUUUGCCAUAUGAAUGUGGAUGUAAAUUACAAAAGUACAUUAAGAAUAUCGUCGCACAUUCCGUUUUUAAAGACACGUCGACAGGCUGCCAUGGCAACAAAGGAGAGUGACCCGAGUGGAUCCGGAGGAAUCUCCAGGCAGAAUUCGGGAGUGGGGGGACAAUGGGAAUCGGACUUGACUGCGGUGCAGCACAGUUUGAAGUUUGUGAAGAACCUGGAAGAGCACUAUGUUUGUCCCACCUGUAAAGGAGUUGUUCUCAACCCACACCAAACCAGCUGCGGACACAUCUCCUGCUACCGCUGCAUCCAAGGGCUCCUGGAAAACUCCCCAGCCACCACCUCGGCCUGUCUUUUGGACAGAGGUUUGAUCAGAUCUGAUGAGGAACAUGAGAGGUAUACAUGCCCAGAGGUUGAAAUCAAGUGCCCCAACAAAUGCUCCCAGAUGAUUAAAAGAUGCAUGCUUGAAGACCAUGCUGACCAGUGUCCUGAGGUGAAGACGGACUGUGUUUAUAAGAAAUAUGGCUGCUCUGUCCGGGAGAGGAGAGCCCAAGUUAAAGUUCACGAGGAAACCGCUCUCAAUCACCACAUCCUCCUGGUUCUGGGGAGCAACACCAAGCUGGAGACACAGAUGGAAAUCCUCCAGCAGGAGGUGCUGCUGAGGCACAAGGAGCUCCAAGAGAGGAGCCGCCAGGUCAGCGGUCUGGAGGAGGGGGUCCGCCCGCUGGCCCAGCUGGUCAGCCGAUGUGACAACACCCUGUCUGCAGUACAGGGCUCUCUGGAGGACCAGAGGGACCACAUCUCCAGCGUCCAGCUCCAGCUCGAGGAGCUGUCCAGUGUGUUUGGCCCUGGUGUGGCCCGGGAAGAACUGGGCCAAAUCAGAGCGUCCCUGGAUGCCCUCAGACAGCAGGUGUCCGUCACGGAGGGGCUCAAAGACCACCUGGGGGAGUUGAAGGAGACUUACAUGCGCCAUUCGCGCCUCCUCAGCAUCCACACGGCGCAGCUGGAGUGCAACGAGGAGCACUUCAGAGAGCUCGAGUCCACCUCGUACGACGGCAAGCUCAUCUGGAAGCUCCGCGACUACCGCAAGAAGAAGGAGGCCGGGGCACGAGGCCAGGGACCGUGCCUAAGCAGCGUACCCUUCCACACGGGCCGCUGUGGCUACAAAAUGGCCGCCAGGGCCUACCUGAACGGCGACGGGGCAGGCCGGGACACCCACCUGUCUCUCUACGUGGUCCUCAUGAGGGGCGACUUCGACCCCCUCCUGCCCUGGCCCUUCAGACAGCCUGUGUCAUUGUCAGUGCUGGAUCAGAGCGGCACCAACAACCACCUAACUAUGAGUUUCAAACCCGACCCGGAAAACACUAGCUUCCACCGGCCCGGCUCGGCCGCUGCAAACGCCAGCGCCCCCACCAACGUGGCCUCUGGUUUCCAGUGCUUUGCCUCGCAUGCCCAGCUAGAGACGCCCAAGAACGCCAUCUACGUGAGAGACGAUACGCUCUUUGUUAAGGUCAAAGUGGACACGAGCGGUUUGGAGGACUUGUAGAGGGGCCUUAAAGAACUGGUUUGAGAUCAUUUCAAAAACAGUUAGCUAAUGUUACAAAGCUCAGUGCAGGCCAAUGCCUCAGCUGUACUCCAAAUUGAGCAAAGUAAGCUUUCAGAAAUAGUGUCAGCAAGUCCAUGCAGUUUUCUCCCAGAUACUUAAAUGAUAAAGCAAUACAGAAAUUGCAGUGAAGUAAUUACAUUUUGUAUUUCUUUAGCCUUGUCUGCAGACUGCUUGUAUGUGCUCACUGAGGAUUCAAGUGUUAAUGCUGCCCAAAGAUAUUAUAUUGAAUAAUAUUUUCGGGAUUAAAGUCCUACAAUCAGAGAGCACGCGAUCUAUUAAUUAAUGACAACUCAGGGAUUUUAAUGGACAGCUGUUAAAAAGUUAUUCAUGUAAUUAGCAUACACUUUAUAAUACAUUUACUGAAUAAGCCAAUAUACAGUACAUGUUGAACGUUUAUUUAAAUUCUUAUGAAUUUAGAAAUUGAAAUGUUAAAAGUUUUUUAAAAGAAUGCUUAUUCCUGAAAGUUAUUAUAAAGUGUUACCAUUGAAUGAAUUGUGACAUGCGUUUUUUCUUCAAUUUUGUGGUACAUGCAUAACAACAAUUAUGUGCAUCACAUGUGAUAUCCAGUCAGUAAAUAUGUAGACU